AAAAAAAAAAAAAAGAAAAGAAAAGAAAUGAAAAAGAAAAAGAAAAGAAACCCUACUUCCCUUUAUCUCUUUUCCAUCAUCUUUCUUUCUUUCUCUCAUUUCUGAGCAAGUCUCUCCCAUUGAUGUGAUUCUCCACCAUCAACGAACUUUUGCACAAAAGAGAAAGCUCUUCACAAGAAUUAUAACAAAUACUAUGGUUUUUCCUCCUCUCCCUUCUUAUUUGGAUCCUCCUAACUGGCAACCGUUGACGAAUCAUCAAACGGGAGGAAAUGACACUGCAGAGGAUUCUGGUCAAGUUUUACUACCUCCGCCACCUGGGGGUGGGGGAGGUGGUGAGAGUGCUGGUGGUGGUAGUACUGGGUCGAUUAGGCCGAUUUCGAUGACUGAUCGGGCUCGGUUGGCAAAGAUUCCGCAGCCAGAGGCCGGCUUGAAAUGCCCUAGAUGUGAAUCUACAAAUACCAAAUUUUGUUACUUCAAUAACUAUAAUCUUUCUCAGCCUCGUCACUUUUGUAAGACUUGUCGUCGGUAUUGGACACGCGGUGGUGCACUGAGGAAUGUUCCGGUUGGUGGUGGCUGCCGUAGGAACAAGAGAACCAAAUCUCGGAAUCGGUCGAAGUCUCCGGCAGCCAGCGAACGACAAUUAUUAGUUGGAUCAACUAAUUCCACUGCUGCAGUUUCACUUUCAACACAACCCCAUUUGCCGUUUUUGUCUUCUUUACAAAAUUUCUCUACUUACGGCCUCAAUUUGGGGAUAAUUCCGCCUCAAGCUCCUCCAACGAGCGGUGGCUCUGCUGCCGGAGGAGUGGAUGUUCAUGAAUUUCAAGGUGACCAUUGGAGAUUACAACAACCACAACAAUUCCCUCUCUUGGCUAACGAUCAACAACCUAAUUUGCUUUACACUUUCGAACCACCUGAAGGCGCCAUGACUCGGUAUAACCUUGGCGGAUUCUCGAGAUUAGGAAUUGAAAACGACAUUGGAAUGUCAAUGGAGGGUGAGGCGGUGAAGGUGGAGGAGAGUAAAGGAAUGAACUUGGGGAAGAAUUUUCAGUUUUGGGUUGGUGGCGGUGGCGGAAACGAUGUAAAUGCAUGGAGUGGCGGCGGCAGCGGUGGUAGCGAACUUCAUGGCUUCUCCUCAUCCUCCGCCAGCCACUUAUUGAGACAGGUGUUGUGAGCACAACUACUUGAAUUUCAUAUCUUGGGACUCCUUGAGUUAUUGGCAAUAUACUUUAGGUCCUCCCAAUGAGUAAAAUGUUCAUAUAAUGCGACGAUUUUUACUCAAAAUUUUGAGUUUAAAAGCUCAUAUUCUUUUUUACUUUCAUAUACUUUUGUUAAUAAUAUGUAUUUUCCCGACUACGAGGUCAAGAGAUCAUAUUCAAAUCUUCUGUUUCAAAUGUAGUGUUAGAACUAAAGAAAAGGAAGAAGAAAUAAUAUUAAUUAAGUCUUAAAAGGAGGUGUGUUAUCUAUUUAGAUAUUGUAUCCUAGAGAUAUUAUUGUAUUGUAAAGAUACAGAUUAUGGGGGGACUGUAAUUUUCUUAUAUAAAUUUUGCAAGAAUGGAGAAUGAAUUAAAAGGUCUUGGACUGUGUGCCCAUACAUAGA